UAUAUAUAUAUAUAUAUAUAUAUAUACAUAUUCGUCUGGUGAUAUAUGAUGAACCUCUGUGUGGGCUAUUCGGGUGAUUAUUCUAAUGGCACUUUUGAUUACACGUAGGUUUGCUUUAAGCACAGUUUUUGUUUUGCGAGUUGAGAUCAAUAGCUAAGUGGGUAUAAAGUGUGCGAGUCUCAUUGGCCUGUUAGUGUUAAUGUUUUCGAAGUGUUCCAACACGCUCAUAGAUGACGCUGCCGCCGUGCUAUGAGCCAACAUCCAGUCUUUUACAGUGACGAUCGAAGCUAUAUUCAAAGACUGGGUUAGGCAUAUCGUACUGUUGUUUAGAAGUUUGUGCUAAAGCUGUAUACAUCCGAGUGUGACUGUUGAAGUAUGUUGAAAUGGUACAAUGCACGGUGGCUUUACGCUUAUAUAGUACCCAAUUCAAGCAGCCAACAAGCGUGAGUUAUUAAUGGACCUCCAAUGAAUAUCAAACAUUAUCUCCAUUCGCCAGGACACUUACACGCAUACUUACAAAUCUAUAUUAUUCAAUUGUAGAAUCUCCGUUCUCGAAAUGAGAUCAAGGGUGACAGCCACUCACGAUACCCCGUUAAAGUGAGCAAGCAAUAUGCAGACAAAAUGAUCCGCUACACCUUCAAGCUGAAGGUCUUACCCUUGGACACCAGGGGUGUCAUGACGCAUCUAUUCCAGAUAUUCAACUCUAAACCCGACUUAGUAGUGACAAUCACGAGCAACAACGAGCUCUACUUCCAUUCACCCGAGGGUGUGUUUUCUAAUAUCAGAAUAUACGACACGGGCGAGUGGAUGGACCAGUGGAUCUCGUUUGCCAUCACCAUCCAGUACAGCACCAACUACAUACACCUGCAAGCAGGCAAGAACGGCUCCAAUGUUAUCGAUACCGAGCCAGCGAUCUUGAAGCCCAUGAGUGUGGAAAAUUACUACAGGUUAAAGUACGGGUUGUAUUAUGUUGCAGAUUUGGUAGGGCCCCCUACUACCUUCCAUGUGAGGUAUGUGGAUGUGCAGGUAGAAGAGGUGCAGAGUCAAGCAAACGAGACAGUUGGCAACGGCACUGAUAUUGGUACCAACACAAGUACAGGGGUCGAGGAGACUGGCGUGGAUGUGGUUAGUAGUCAGGCUACUGAUGUGGGUAGUUUACCUAUAGAUACGAGCAGCGAGAAUGAUGAUGAUCCGUUAAUAGAUGUGGAUGAGAUAGAUAUAUGAUCUACUAGUAGAUGAGAGUUCCUGUAGUUGUAUCAAUCGAUGAGAAGAAGAGAAGAUAUCCGUGUGAUCGAGCGUAUGAUCAGAGUUGGGUAGACGAGUUCUAUCAUAGAUGAGACUAAGCUAUAGUCAUGAUCUAUUUAUAGAUAUGUGAGUGAGAUAAUGAUGUGACCUCGACCUGUGAAGGGCGAUGUGUGGGAAUGCAGGAAAAGUUGAUCAACAUACGAACGCAGCAGGACUGCAAAUUUAGAUAGUAAAAACACAUUUAAUUUUAGGGAGACUAUGGGAGGGAGGGAGCCUACCCACAAGCAUAUAUUUUGGAGUGAUGUAGAAGUUGAUUGAGAUUUGAAUAGCAACUAUGUUACUAGAAUAUGUAGUAGCCAAGUGCCAGAACAGACAGAUUUUGUUCGCUUGGCUCGGGGUAUUCUACAGAUAGCGUGAUUGCCAUUCACACCUCCGGCACCAAUUGCAUAUCUCUCGUCGAACCCAGUCAGACGGCAGGCGUAAAUAAUAUCUUUCUCGUGGAAGCGGGGCGCAUGUGCCAACAUGGUCUAUCAUUCGUAGAGUGCGAGAUACAUCCAUAAUCCUCGCACGAUACGGACCCAGGUACGAGCACAAGAGAGGAGGAUUAGGGUGAAUUGUAUUGAUCCAGAUAUGGGUGCGAGACUUCGGGUUUGGAUAAGCUCAGCGAUGAAGCUACAUACUUUUGACGUUCCAAUUGAACUAGUCUAAGCUACAGACCCAGAUCACCAAGUCUAAACCGAGUGGAUGUUGUAAGGAUGCAGGCACGGGACAAACAUGGCUAAAACGAGUGGGGCAUGACUCAGCUCACACUGUAGACAUUGUUGGCCAUUUACAAACGUGCCAUUGGCUGUGCUGUAGAGGUCGUGCAAUUAUUGAUGAAGGGUGUGAUUGCUGGCGAGUAUUUGAGUGGUACUAGUGCGAAGGCUUGUGUAGAUGCUAGUUGGCUUUCUCAGUACACUACGAUUUAGCGAAAUAUAACAAUUUGGGCCAGUGACAGAUAAGGCGAUUUUCCUUUAUUGAGGAUUACACGCACCUCUCCUAUGCAGUGGUGCACAGCCACGCUUACACGAUUAUCUUUGGGGCGUUGCUCUGGGAGUUGGGUCUUGUCAAGUGUGAGACGCGGCGACUGCUAUAGUGACUGACGUAGAUGGGGGACCCUAUUACCCAUAUCCAUACGCGCCAGUUUUUCGUAAACACAUAUGUCAUGCUACCACAGCUGUAGAUUGUGGGUUGGCAGCAUGAAGGAUUAUGAUCACCAUGCGGAACGAACAUGCUUAUUGGUAGUAGUCUACAAAGACAUUAGGCGUCUUAGUACCCGUGUCUGGCCCCGGCAGAGAGACGAGGCAUCAGGAAGAACAUUUGUGUUCUCACCUCGCUGAUCCUUCGGCGCAAUAGUGCCGACUGUAUGCAGAAUUUUUGCGAACUUCGGUCGCCUACUACUUAAGACAUCUCUGUCAUUUUUUUUUUUAUACCUAUUUCUGAGCAAGUGCCAGUUUACGGGUGAGGCUUAUAUAUAUAUUUCAUAUGUGACAGCUCUAAUCUGAAUAAAUAUAUUCAUGCAAUGUAUAAAGGUGAUUCCGGGACGAUUAUGACUCC